CGUGCUUAUACGGAAUACUUCUACGCACACGUAAGCCUGGAUCUUAUGAGGUAAGAGACUCCCGCAAGGGCGAUAACGUCACAUAAAUCGGCUAGGGCACCUCUGUGCUUGAACGCCGACUAGCAAAUAUCCUCAAAAACACCGUCUACAAUAACAAUCUAGACUUCCCCCGAAAGCCAAUGGCGCCCCAAAAAGAAACCCUUCUCAAAUUCACCUCCCGGCGCUACAAAUCCCCCUCUGUAUCAGAAGAAGCCUUCCACGCCUUCGCAACCAGUGACCACGCCCCAAAGGCCGCCCCCAUACAAGCCCGCCACGGCUUCCUCGGCGUCCGCCAGUCCUUCAAGCCAACUGCGCUCCGCGCACUCCUCACAGAAGGCCCUUUCGCAGCCAAUAAGCCACCCGGUUGGACCGUCGAUGACCACGACUUUGAAAUCGUGUUCUAUGUCCGAUCGAUGGAGCAGCUCGGGGGCUUACUUGGGGAUCCGGAUUUCCAGCAACUGAUGGCUGAUGAGGCGGACAUUUGCGAUCAGGAACGGGCAGAGCUGUCUAUUGGGUGGGAGGAAGUGUUUGUGGAGAAUGGGAAGGUGGUCAAUAUUGAAGAGGGCAAGAGUGUGUAUCAGGGGUGGAACGAGAGUGUGGAGAAGCUUGCUGGAAAGAAAGAGGGGAGUAAGAAUUAGAGGCUACGGAUUGCCGUAGGAGCAUGUUCGCUAAUCCCAAUCACUUCUCCUUCCUCUUGCAUCGCGAAACAUUGAAGACAGUUCGGUGCUGGU